AGUCUAUCUCCGAGCCUCAUCCGAGACGCGUCAAUUUUCCGAAAUCGACGUUAACCUUUCAGUGAGAGUUCAAAAUGACGGACGCUUCAAUAAGAAAUUCGCGUCACUUAUUUUUCUGAACGAAAUUGGUCGGAGACUCGUCAAUUUUCCGAAACCUUCGGUGACCUUUGGCGAAAGUUCAAAUCGCCGACGCGACGCUUCUUGCUUUUCAGUGAAAGUUCAAAAUGGCGGCUCGACCUUCUUUUGCCUCCGGAAAACGCGGAAGUAAUCAAGAGUGCGUGCAAUGAAUCGGUGGGGUGAUGAAAAAUUCAGAUUUUCAUUAGAGAAAAAAAUGCACGCAUAUCUUCAUAUCCCUACUUUUGUAUGAAACAUUAGAAAAGUCAGAAGCGGGAUCAAUUUUUAACGGAAACAAUUAACGAAACAGGAGAAUCGUUUCAGAAUUUCUUAUUGAAGAAUGUCAUGGGUUUCACCGUCAUUUCUUGACUGAUGUUGAUAUGAUGUAUUGAAGUGAUUUUUUCCAAAAAAAAAAGAGUGAAAAUUAUUGUCGAAAAUGAUCAGACCGUGCGUGUCGGAAUGCAAUUUGACCAAUGGUCAUGUGACACCGAUUCAGGCAGUGCUCAGAAGGAAGAAGUCGUUGUCAAAACUAAAUUUUCGAGGCAUCAAAAAGGAGGAGUUGCAGAGGCGGACUAGCAUGUAUCUAGCCUCGAUGACGAUAGAUGAACUAUACUGCGAGAUCCUGUUCGAAAUAUUGCACAACGUGGGCUGCGACAUCAGCUACGAAGUUGGCCAAACAGCUUUGUUCUCGUACGCUCAAGACGCAUUUAAAAUACCCAAUGACAAACACAGAUAUCUCCUAGAGCUAGCCGAGAAGAAAGAAGCUCCUGAUCGAAUGAUCAAUGUCGAGGUGAUAGAAGCUAAAGACUUGAGACCAAAAGACUCGAAUGGAAUGAGCGAUCCAUUUGUAACGUUAUACUUAUCAUCGAAUAUGAGCCAUAGAUAUAAUACGUCUGUAAAAACAAUGACAUUGAAUCCUGUAUGGGAAGAACACUUUGCACUGCCAAUCACAGAAAAUACAGCAGACGAAAAUCUAUGUCUAGAAGUGUGGGAUUUCGACCCUGCAGAGUCGGUAAAGGAAAAAUUAGGGAAAAUAUUCGAUGUCAAAGGUGUAAAAGGCAUGCGGAAGUUAGUUAAAGAAAUCGCUGUCACCGCAACGACUGGACAGCAUGAAAACGAACUCAUAGGAAGAGCAAAGAUACCUCUAAGUACAAUACCAGCAUCUGGAAUGACAAUGUGGUACAGUCUAGACAAAAAGAACAAAAUCAACAGGCAAGGCGUGUUAAAAGUAAGAGUUACCUUCAGCUCUGAGAAGAAUAACCAAGUCGCUGAACAAGAAUAUAGACAUCUUCUAAGGAUAGUAUUAUUACACGAACUUGAAACAUCUAAGGUAGCCGCGAACUGGUGGUGCGGCACCUUCACGCCUCAAGGCGAGCAGCUCCUCACCCAACACAUAGCCCAAUCAGGGCUUACCCCAGCAGAAGUAGCUCUAUGCCAGUACUACGUUUACUCUUCGAUACAUCAGAGUCACGCCUUGAACUUGACGCUGUUCUCGAACCUCCUGGAGAAGCUGGUGAAGCCUCUGCAAGUUGGUGGUGUGUCAGACGAGGAUACUAAGUUGUUUUGGGACGCUACAAAGAAGCUUUUGCCUUCGUGUUUCAGUAUUAUCAGGAAGAUUAGGAGGAAGAGCGUCACUGAGAAAGCUAUGGUUAAACAGGUUGUGGAGGUCCUGAAAAUCUUGAACCACAUCCACUCUUUGGAACCUCCAAGAAGCAACAUCGACCUGUUCCCAGACACUAUGUACCCCUGGGUGACGUACCAAGACGACAGGACUGUACCGACUGUACUUAAUGAUGCUGUAGCUCAAGGUGCCAACGAUUGGCUCAACCAUAUCUUGGAGAACAACAAUAAGCCCGAGGAAAGCAACGUGGGCAAGCUGCAGAAUAUGAUCCAGAUCAUACAGCUGGUACGCAGCGAUCUUCAAAAGGCGAUUGAGUUUUACGAUAAGUUCUUCCAAGAGAUAGUGAAUUUCCAGUUUGCCAAAGCCCUAUACGUGUUCUAUCAAGCGCGUAUUUGCAUCUUAUGCGAACCUGACGUCAUAGAAAUCUGCAAGAACCUUCGUAGUCUGCAAUAUUCCUCGUACAAUGAUCUCACGAAGCAAGAAGGUUCUCCAGAUCCACUAGCUGAAGGUACUUCGCUGUUUGAGCUCUACCUUGCCCUUCAAAGGUUUGCUACUUUAGGCAUCGGGCUUUGUCCAGCAGAUUACGAUACAUUUCACAUAAAAAAUUUCCAUCAAUGGUUCCAUGGUGGAGUUGCUCAAUGGUUGGAUAUUGCCGUUUACAAGGCGUUGCAAAGGAUAGAAAAGGCUGUUGAAUUGGAUCAGUUAGUGCAUGUUGACAGUAAUGUCAAAUAUAGCUCUUCGGCUGUUGAUACUUUGACGAUAUUUUACCAGGUGAAAGUAUUCUGGGAGCAGCUAAACUGGCCAGACGUUGAAAGUUGUUACACUUUCAUAGCAAAAAUAAUCGACGACAUCUGCAGAUGUUGUGUUUUCUAUGCAGACAAAAUGUCAGCUAGAGUCGAGGGAAUGGGCGAUACUCAGGACGAUAAAAAGUUUGAAGUCACGGCUGAAUGGUGUCUGGCGAUCAAUAAUAUUGAUUAUGUUCGGGAGACUUUGGAACCGUUCACCAGAGACCUGGGGAUGGAUGGUGUUAUACACAAAAUAGGAGAAAUGAAAAGUCCUGUGGAAGCCCAAAGAUGUCAACAUACUUUGGACAACGUGAUAGCAAACGCCAUUGAUACAGUUAGGAACAAAAUCAUCGAAUUAUUGGAGACUGUUGUCAAUAAGAUGGCACCAGCAAUGAAAAGACUGCUCAUCGAGGGCGCCGAGUUAGGUGAUCAAGACAGCAACAGUUGCGAUCGUCUGAUGAUGUACGUCGAUAACAAUUUGGGCACUUUGCAUCGGGAGUUGAACGAGGAAAACUUCAGCAGGACAUUGGAAGUUGUAUGGGAGAUGCUCAAUGGAACUUUGGGGGAAAUCAUACAAUCCAAUAUUGAGAAACGGAGACCUCCAGCGUUUUUCGCAAAUCUUCGAAAAACCCUCAAACUGAUGACUGGAUCCUUCAAAAACCCGCAAAACUGUGAUAAUGACUGUGAUGAACUGAGAAGAACAGAACAAAUAUUGAGGCUCAACGGACUGGAAACUGCAGAGCUCAUACAUGAGGUACAUUUAGAGUUAGCCAAGGAGUUCGAAAAAGUAAAAGAUUCGCAAUUAGGUGAGAUUUCGAUCAAAACAAAAUUUGAGGAAAAUACGUUAACGAUAGAGGUUAUGAAUGCAAGAAACUUGUUGCCCAUGGACUCUAACGGUACUUGUGAUGCUUUUGUCAGGAUACAUCUCUUACCAGAAGCUAAGUUCACCAAUAUAGAGAAACCUAAAACCAAGACGCACAAUAGGACUCAGUUCCCGCUCUUUGAUGAAACAUUCGUCUUAAAGUUGACGCCUGAACAAAGAGAACUCGAAGACGCACUGAUAUUGUUCAGCGUAAAAGACAAAGAUUUGUUAGGAUACAACAAUCAGUAUAUUGGAGAGGCGUAUCUUCCUUUCAAGGACAUUGAAGAUACGUCACAGUCGAUCGGCGUGAUGCCCCAAAUACAUCUGCAACUGGCGAGACCGACCGAUAAAAGUAUGUGUUUAGACAGCAUAAAGGCCUUGGAGUACAGACAAGGCGACAAACAGGCGAAAGAAUUCCUUAGGAAACUGAAACAGCGAAUGGGCACCUAGCAUAGAUUCGUCAAAUUUUUACGAUUUAGACUAAAAAAUUUCAAGUUGUAAUAUAUAAUUUUUCUAUUAUCUUGUAUGAUACGAAUAUAUGUGAGCAGUUGUACAGAACAAAAUGUAUUGUGCUAAUAAAGUGAUUUUUUAUGAAA